UGUAUUUACAUAAGUAGAAGCAGGGCGACUGAACAUUUGGAAACUCGGGCACUGCCCAAGGGCCCGGGGUCAGUAGGGGGCCCCAUGAGAUGCCCCUGGUACCUUUUUCAUAGGCUUUUUUGAGUUUGGGCAAGGACACAGGGGCCCCAUGAUCCCUUAUUGCCCGGGGGCCCCAUGAGUUGUCAGUCCGCCCCUGAGUAGAAGUAACAUGAUCACAUUUAUUAUAAUAAAAUGUCUUUAUUCACAGCAUGCUCCCACCCUCCCUCCUGAUGGGACUGUCUGCUGGUG